AAAUACACCGCAGGGUUUGAAUGCCGCCACUUUAGCGCUUAGCUUUGCGACAUUUGUGCUUUAGUUGGUUGUCGUAGCUGCUUCAAAUCGGACGGUUAUUUCGGUGGUUAACCCGCUCAUUGAUGUAUAAUGCGAUAGAGGCAUAUUUGAAACUUUGUAAUCGUCCAACAAAUCGCUCGUUCAGAGCAAGAGAGUUCAUGAAGUAAAUGUGUCAAACUUGAACUUCAUCAGUGUAGAAAACAGCUGUGCACCGUGUGCCGUCGUCUGAUGUUUAUUUUAGUACAAAAACGAGUUUUCAAAUCUAUUUUUGAUCAUUCGCAGUGCUGCUCAACUCCAUACCACACUCGUGCAAGCAAGUCUGCAUGCAUUUUGUGACAGUUUAGCAUUUAUUUGCUUGUUUGGUGCAUAAUUCCGUUUUGUAAGCUUUAAAAGACGUGUCUGGAAAAGUGGUGCGACCAGUUCUCGACUUGCCGCAUAGUCUUUAUUACGCCUACCAGUGCAGCUGCUACGGAAGAGUGAUCGUGCAGACUAGUUUUGUGGAUUGCAAUACUGCAUUUAUUCUCGAUUGACGUAAUUUAUUGAAAUUACUAUAAAUUUCAUUUGCAUCAGGAAGCAGAAAGUGUAGAGAAUCAUGACGGAACUGAAAGCAGCCAAGCCAGAGGAAUUGGUGUCGUUGACUACGAAGAAUGGGAAAUUGCCACAAAUCGUUUCAGACCUGAAUAGGCCAGCCCAACAUAUACCGCUCGGCGAACAGAGUCGUGCAGUGCGGCGCCAAGGAUUCAUGGUUUUAUUGGGCAAUAUUGGGCUACUCUCGGCCGGCAUGGCUUUGGGCAUGCCAACGGUCACCAUGCGACAGCUGACUGAUCCCAAUGAGAAUGUCCAUCUCAGCGAGUCGCAGGCAUCGUGGUUUGCUUCGAUAAACACACUUUCAUGCCCACUCGGUGGUCUACUCUCUGGCAUUCUGUUGGACAAAAUGGGUCGCAAAAAUACUCUCGUUGUAUUGAAUGUAAUUGCGCUGGUUGCUUGGGCGUUGAUGGCUUCAGCGGUGGAAAGUAACACCGAUGUGGUUUUUAUACAGUUGCUGGUGUCGCGAUUUUGUAUUGGUAUUGCCAUGGGCAUUGCAAGCGCGCCGGUUGGUGUCUACUCCGCCGAAAUCAGUUUGCCGCGCAUACGUGGACGACUCAUUCUCGGCACCUCGGUAUCGAUUGCUGCGGGCAUUAUGGUAAUCUAUUUGGUUGGUUAUUUCAUACGCAACGACUGGCAACUAAUUGCAAUGCUUUGUUGUGCCUAUCAAAUCGUGGCGAUGCUCUGUGUAAUUCCUAUGCCUGAGUCACCCAGUUGGCUGGUGUCCAAAGGGCGUUAUGAAGAGGCAAAACGCGCGUUAAACUACUUUCGUGGCUUGGAAAAAUCAAGUGAAAUUACACAUCCUGAAGUCCAGGCCGAAUUCAACUUGCUACAGAAGUCUAUACAGCUGGGUGAGGGUGUGAAGAAAACACCAUUCUUGAAGUGCAUUCGUGAACCUGAAGUGUAUAAGCCGCUGCUGAUACUAAUGGGUCUCUUCGCCUUCCAACAGUUGACGGGCAUCUUCGUCGUUGUCGUUUAUGCUGUGCAGAUAUCGCAAGAUGCUGGCGUCACCAUCGAUCCAUUUAUGUGCGCUGUACUGAUCGGCAUUGGGCGCGUCGUCACCACAGUUCUACUGGGUACUAUAUUCGAGAGAUGGGGACGCCGUCGUUCGGGUAUGGUGUCGGCGUUCGGCAUGUGCCUCUGCAUGUUUCUGCUGGCCACUCACAAUUGGAAUUCGUGGCUACAAAGCAUACCAUAUCUACCGGUUAUAGCCAUAAUUGCGUUCAUCGUUUUGAGUACGUUUGGGCUCUACACGCUGCCAUUCUUCAUGAUAUCCGAACUGUUCCCACAGAAAGUGCGUGGCGCCGCUUCCGGACUGACAGUGGCCGUGGGCAUGUGCUUUGCCUUUAUUUGCAUCAAAACAUAUCCCUCGUUGCGUGGCGCUUGGGGCAAUGAGUAUUGCUUUGUGAGCUAUGGCAUUAUGGCAUUUUUGGCGGCGAUCUAUGUUUACACGGUUCUGCCGGAGACGCGUGGACGCACGCUGCUCGCCAUUGAAGAUCAGUUCCGCACUGGCGUCAAAUCGCAGCGAUAUCAAGCGACUGCUGUGGAGAUGCAGGAAGUAACGGUCAAAUAAGUUUAUCGUGCGCUAAAGCGCAUUAACGGGCGAAUACAUUUUUGUAGAUUAGGAAGUGAAAGUUGAUUAUAGCGAAAGCGUUUGUGGUAGAGUAGCGACGUGCUACCAGUGCUGCCUAUUUAGUAAAUUAAAAAAUAUUAACAUUUUAUUUUGUACAAAAAACAAAAACAAGAAAAAGAACCCAACUACUUUUAAAACAAAUAACAACUUAAUUGUGUAAAUUAAACUGUGAUAGGUAAAUUCCCAUGUAAAGAAUUUUGUCUUAUUUAGUAGUAAAUAUUUUUAUAUUGAACUCACAAUUAAACAUCAAAUAUACUCUUACGUAAACAUUUAA